GCCUACCCAACGCUCGUUUAAAGUUAUUUUUAUUUUUAUUUUUUAUUUUUUUGACAAGAACAUGAACAUGCAUUACCCAAAUUUUUCGGCAUCGUAUUCGUCUCUCCCAGAACGCAACACAGACUGCUGAAGCAUCCUUUUAUGUUAAACCUCUUUCGAACCUAUAUAAACCGCAGAACCCUGAUUUCCAUUCGCAAUUUCUACAAUUCAAUCAUCGACCCUAUCUUCUCUGUAUUUUCCCCCAAAAUGAACCCCGAUGACUCCCAAGAACCCGAAUUCGACCCGCGUGUGCCGUCCGUCCCCGUCUCCUACCCAAUCAAAACCUUAGAAGACUUGAAACUUCGUACAUACUUCGAUUCUUUCCAUUUCCAGUUCAAUAAAGCUUCUGUCCCUUUACGUCGCAGUGGUGUUGAUGGUGUUUCGUUGCCGAAUCGCCGGAGGAUUAUGGUGUGCCAUGAUAUGGCAGGAGGGUACACCGAUGAUAAGUGGGUUCAAGGAGGGAGUAAUGCUGAUGCCUAUUCAAUAUGGCAUUGGUAUUUGAUGGAUGUGUUCAUCUAUUUUUCGCAUAGUUUGGUUACUUUGCCGCCUCCUGGUUGGGUUAAUGCUGCUCAUAAACAUGGAGUCAAGGUCCUGGGAACUUUUAUAGUAGAGUGGGAUGAAGGAAAACUGAUAGCAGAUCAGUUUCUGGCAUCAACUACAGUUGCUGACAUGUAUGCUGAGCGUUUGUCUGAGCUUGCUGUUGCAUUGGGCUUCGAUGGGUGGCUGAUAAAUAUGGAGGUCAGUUUGGAUAUUGAAAAGAUCCCCAUUAUGAAAGAAUUUGUCAGUCAUUUAACAAAGGUUAUGCAUUCUUCAGUACCUGGAUCUUUAGUAAUCUGGUAUGACAGUGUUACAACUGAGGGUCAACUUAAUUGGCAAAAUCAAUUGAAUAACUACAACAAACCCUUUUUUGAUAUAUGUGAUGGCAUAUUCACAAACUAUUCCUGGACGGAAGAUUAUCCAAAGUUGUCAGCUGCUGUUGCUGGUGAUAGAAAGUUUGAUGUGUACAUGGGAAUCGAUGUUUUUGGUAGAGGCACUUAUGGUGGUGGACAAUGGACGGCAAAUGUGGCACUUGAUGUAAUAAAGAAAGAUGAUGUGUCAGCAGCCAUAUUUGCUCCUGGAUGGGUUUACGAGACUAAACAACCCCCCGAUUUUCAAACUGCUCAAAAUCGGUGGUGGAGUCUUGUUGAAAAAUCAUGGGGAAUAACACGAAGUUAUCCUAACGUUCUUCCAUUUUACUCAAACUUUGAUCGGGGUAAUAGUUACCAUUUCUCUGUUGAUGGAAAAUCAGUUUCAGAUGCUCCUUGGAACAAUCUUUCAAAUCAAAGCUUUCAGCCUGUUCUUGAGUUUUCUGGAGAUACCACGACUGAAACGAUUCAAGCAUCCGUUGAUUUGAAGGAAGCAUCUUAUAGUGGAGGAGGGAACAUUACAUUCAAAGGAGCCCUUGAAGAUGAUGGGAGCUCUAUGAUUGGUCUUUCUCUUGAGUUUACAAACACCAUGAACAUGGAAAACAAAACAUCAAUUCUUCUUGCAUCAUCUGGAGAUACAUUACUCACCAUGAACCAGUUUUCAAGCAAAUUUGACAGUGUGAUAAUGCCACGUCAUGUGAAGAAAACAUCAUCUGGAUGGGUGAUACAAGAUAGCAGUGUCACAAUGGUGGGGUCCACAUUAACCGCCUCGGAAUGGAAUGUCAAAAGUCAAAAUGUCAACUGGAAAUCUGGUUCGGUUUCUCUCAAGAUUCUAUGGACAUUGAACAGCGGUGUGUCUCCUGGGUUUUCCAAGUACAAUGUUUAUGUGGAAAAUGAAGAGGGUAAAUUGGUAAAAUCAUCAAACUUUCUUGGAGUGGCAUCAGUGGAAGCUUUUUAUAUAUCUGACCUUUUGGUGCCAGCUGGCAUUUCAAGCCUUAAAUUUAUCAUCCAAGUUUGUGGGUCCGGUGGGGCUUCUCAGGAACUUGUGGAUUCUCCCUUUCUUCGGUUGCAAGUUGAAGGGGCAUUUUAGUCAUUUAUUUUGAAAACCCUCUUAGACAAAGGCACCAUUGCCCACACUUGUCUUUGGUUCCUCCAUCCUCCUUCAUCUCUGUUCUGUGGUUUUCCUUGUAAGAAGGAGAAAAAAAUGCAAGAAUAUGCAAUUGUGGAGCAGAAGCAGUGAUCCAAACUUCAUGGAGCAAGGACAACUCAGGAAGGCGGUGUUUCUAUGGUUGUAUCAAUAAGGGACCAAAUUGCAAGUUCUUAGGCUGGGUUGAUGAGCAGAUGUGUGGUUGUAAGGAGUCCAUCCACAUUAAGCUUGAAGAAAAAAAUCUGAAAUUGAAGAUUUAUCUUGGUUUAAGCUGGAUUAUUUUUGUGUGCAUCCUUGUAUACAGAUUGUAAUGUUACUUGGAUCUUUACCUAUGUUAGGUUUAUGUGGAAAAUGAAGAGGGUAAAUCAGUAAAAUCAUCAAACUUUCUUGGAGUGGCGACAAUGGAAGCUUUUUAUAUAUCUGACCUUUUUGUUGCCAGCUGGCAUUUCAAGUCUUAAAUUUAUCAUCCAAGCUUGUGGAUUCUCCCUUUCUUCGGUUGCAUGUUGAAGGUUUGUAGAAUAUGCUGCUUUUUCAUGUCGUCCUUGUUUUUAAUAAAAAAAAGUUUGUUCUAUAACUUGUAUAAGUUAUGUAGUUGUUGUAACAGGAAAUAGCAAUGUACUUUCAUUGAUUUGUGUAUUGUGUAUUAUAUAGCAUCC